AUGACAUGUGCGAACCAUCACCCUUCCUCAUCUCAUACCGAUUCUGAAUCGCCGCGGGAUCGUCGACUCCAUCACUGCACUCAUCCUCAUUGUGGGAAGGUCUACACCAAAAGCAGUCAUCUCAAAGCUCACUACAGGACACACACUGGCGAGAAACCGUACUCCUGUCCAUGGCCCGGAUGUGAAUGGCGGUUUGCACGUUCGGAUGAGCUCACUCGUCACUACCGUAAACACACCGGCGAUCGACCUUUCAAAUGUGCUCAAUGUUCACGAGCCUUUUCACGCAGCGAUCACCUCAGUCUACAUAUGAAGCGGCACUUCUGA